UUGCACAAACCGCAUUGAUCCCACCACGAAACGCUCAACUGCCGCUGAUUGCGGCGGUCGAGGAAUAGAUGUCUGUGAACACGUUUCGAACUGACACUAUUCCCCUCCUCUCUAUGUUCCUGAACCAUCAUUGUGCUCUUGCCGCGCGAUGGCGACGAACAAUUGAUAUUGAAUGUGAUGGAAGAGGACGCAUGCGCGGAGGAGGCUGCGGCGAAGCUCUUGAGACGGAAGUCGCUGACGUGGGGGUGCUUGGACCCCGUCUCGAUGCCCAUCAAAGCAACAACAGCAUUACUUCCCUAGCUAUAUACACACACAUACGCAAUCAUGGCAGACCAAUUCGACAGUGCGCUCGAUCUUCUUCGACGCCUAAACCCAAAGAACACGGCGACCAACCUCUCGGCCAUCUGCAGUCUGGUCCCUGAACAUGAAGAGGAAUUGCUCGCCUCGGUAGACCAACCUCUCGAAGUCCGUCGCUGCAAGAAGACCGGUCGUGACUACCUCCUCUGCGACUACAACCGCGAUGGCGACAGCUACCGCAGCCCCUGGAGCAACGAGUUCGACCCUCCCGUCGAAGACGCAGAGAUGAGCUCCGAGCGCGUCCGUCGCCUGGAAGUCCGCGCAAACGAAGCCUUUGACGUCUACCGCGAGCUAUACUACGAAGGCGGUACUUCAUCCGUCUACCUCUGGAACUUGGACGAUGGCUUUGCAGGUGUUGUGUUGCUCAAGAAGUCAUCUUCUCAGACCGCUGCUUCGGGCGCUUGGGACAGUAUCCAUGUCCUCGAAGUGGCCGAGCGCGGUCGCACUGCCAAAUACAAGCUCACAUCUACCGUCAUCUUGAACCUCGGCACAAAGGGCGAUGCUCUAGGCAGCCUCGAUCUCGCUGGCAACAUGACUAGACAAGUGGAGGCUGACAUGCCCGUCGAUGCUGACGAGACUCAUGUCGCCAACAUCGGCAAGUUGGUCGAGGAUAUGGAACUCAAGAUGCGCAAUCUGCUGCAGGAGGUUUACUUUGGCAAGGCAAAGGACGUGGUCGGCGAUCUAAGAAGCAUACCGCCGCUCUCCGAGGCCAACCGCGACAGAGCAGCCCAACGUGAAAUGAUCAGCAGCAUGGGCCGAUAGACUCGCCCUGAAAGCAUAAUUAAUAACGUCUAUACAAACUGAGAUGCACACGUUUCCAGUUCCAGCAUUACAGCAAAAUGUCAAA